AUGGCUCAAGAGAGCAGCAUUGACGUCACUGCAGACUCAGACCCACAGGCUAUGGUGGUUACGAAGAUGAAGACAAGUUGGAUUUUGUUUGAUGCUAGGAACCAAGGGUUGAUUCUUGACGUGGACAAGCAUGCUAUCAUGCAUAGGGUUGAGAUUAAUGCACAUGAUCUUAGAAUCCUUGAUCCCUUUCUCUCUUACCCUUCUACCAUUCUUGUUCGAGAGAAAGCUAUUCUUCUUAAUUUGGAGCAUAUCAAGGCGAUCAUCACAGCAAAAGAGGUAUUGCUGAGAGAUCCAACAGAUGAACCUGUGGUCCCUGUUGUUGACAAACUCAAGAGACGAUUGCCUACAAUAAGUGCCAUUCAUCACGAGAUCGAUUCUGCUGAAGAAGAUGAGUCACCGUUUGAAUUCCGGGCUCUGGAGGUAGCCUUAGAAGCCAUUUGUAGUUUUCUUGCUGAACGUACAACUGAGUUGGAGAUGGAUGCUUAUUCUGAAUUAGAUGAACUUACUUGCAAGAUUAGUGGUCUAAAUUUGGACAGAGUUCGUAAACUGAUUAAUGCAAUGACAAAGCUGACUGCCGGGGUUCAAAAGAUUAGAGAUGAGCUCGAAAAAUUGCUGCAAGAUGAUGAUAAGAUGGCUGACCUAUACCUGUCGAGAAAGGCAGGCUCAGCGUCACCAAUUAGUGGAUCAGAUGCUGCCUCCCAAACCAUAGAAUCCAAUAUGUCCAGAGCAAGUAUGGUAGCAAUUAGUUUAUAUGAAAAUGGCGUGGAUGAGGUUGAAAUGUUACUCGAGGCUUAUUUCAUGCAAAUUGAUGCUACACUAAACAAACUAAUCACGCUACGCGAGUAUAUUGAUGAUACCCAAGAUUACAUCAACAUCCAACUCGACAACCAUCGAAAUCAGCUUAUUCGGUUGGAGCUCUUUCUUAGCGCUGGAACUGCUUGUCUAACUUCCUACUCUGUGGUGGCUGGUAUUUUUGGCAUGAACAUCCCAUAUACUUGGAAUGAUGACCAUUCAUACAUGUUCAAAUGGGUAAUUAUUUUUGGAGGCAUAUUCUCUGCUUUUUUGUUUCUCAUGAUUACCCUCUUUGGUCUCAAAAAGGGGUUGCUUAAAACAUGAAAGGAGGGUGUAGAGAAUGAAUUCUAGGACUAC